AUGAUGGGGCAGGGCUGGGGGAGGCCAGCCAAGGCAAGGUCGAGGGUUCAAGGUCAAGGUUGCGUCGAGUCGAGUCCGAGUCGAGUCGAGUUGAUGUCUCAACGGGAUGUUCCUCUGGCUGGGCCGUUGACCUGUGCCUUCUUCAGCGGCAGCGGCAAAGGCAAGGUCACCGGUGAGGAGCGGGCGAUCUGUAUGGAUGCGCCCUGCAGAGCGACGACCAGGUUUAGGGAAAUGCCCUUCUUAGAAGGCGGCGCUAUGGGGAAGGGGGCACGCAGCACGCAGUCCGCAGUCCGCAGUCCGCAGACGUAG